AUGGAUGACGCAAGUAAACACGUAACAAAAAUUUACAUUAGUCCCACUGAAUCAACUCCCAUUCGACCAGAACUACAUCAUGAAAGUCAUUUUUCAACUGAUACAUCGACAUUUGCUUCAACAAAUAAUAAAGUGGAUACAACACCAUCACCAAAAGAACAAAUGGUUUUAUCAAAAUUAUUAGCUAAUGAAGUAUUAGAGAAAUGCGUGAUUUCUGCUCCAUCUAAAGAUAACAAUGAUGGGGAUGGUAGUAAACAAAUAUCAGAAAAUGUUGAAAAAGAAUACAUUAUUGUACCUAGGAAAAAAACAAGAAAAGUCGUUCCUACUGCUCCUACUGCUCCUACUACGAAUAAUGAUGCUACGUUUGAUAGAAGAAGUCCGACAAAGGCACCUCUGACACAAUCUACCAAUGGUAAUGAAUCUAAUGGAAAUGAAUUUGGUACCUAUCAAAAGUCAAAACCGAUUACCUAUACAGCAUACAAUGGUUAUACAACGCAUAAGUUUAUAUUUGAUGAGAAAUCUGGAGAUAGUAAUGAGUUGAGUAUUUGA